GUAGGGGCUGUGACGGUAUGCGGGGACUGGGCUGCGGCAGCUGUGCUGGCUGCAGGACUAACAAUUUCAGGAAACUGCUAAAGUUCCUGUGGAAGGAAAGUAGAACUUCAUACAACAUAAUGGAUGGAGAGGAGAAAACCUACGGUGGCUGUGAAGGCCCUGAUGCCAUAUAUGUCAAAUUGAUAUCUUCUGAUGGUCAUGAAUUUAUUGUAAAAAGAGAACAUGCGCUAACAUCAGGAAUGAUAAAAGCCAUGUUGAGUGGUCCAGGUCAGUUUGCUGAAAAUGAAACCAAUGAGGUCAAUUUUAGAGAGAUCUCUUCACAUGUGCUAUCAAAAGUAUGCAUGUAUUUUACCUACGAGGUUCGCUACACUAACAGCUCCAAGAUUCCUGAAUUCCCAAUUGCACCUGAAAUUGUACUGGAACUGCUGAUGGCUAUGAACUUCCUAGAUUGUUAA